AUGUUUCAUCUAGCUCUGUCGCUAUACAAUCAGUACACAAGGCGAGAGCAGUACAACGUCUUGAUUCUAGGACUCGACAAUGCGGGAAAGACCACAUUUCUAGAGCAUUUGAGAUUACUCUAUCCGCAGCCCAACGAGUCCUCCGACAGCCGAAAGAAACGGGUUCUUUCUAGCUCUGUUGGAGCCGAGGAAGAUACUUCAAGUAUUAUCAAAUCGAAACGGAUACUCCCCACUGUGGGCCAAAACACAACCACCAUUCGCUUCAAACACAGUACCGAGUCUCUGUCGUCAGCGAACAAACUCAAUUUGAAAUUUUGGGAUUUGGGGGGCCAGAAAUCACUCCGGUCGAUGUGGUCCAGAUACUACCGGUCAUGCCACGGAAUUAUAUUUAUAAUCGAUUCUACAGACACGGAGCGGUUCCAGGAAUGUUAUGAAACGCUCAUGGAAAUCGCCAAUGAUUCGACUUGGGCCAUGGACGGAAAUUCCAGUGUACCGAUUCUCAUGUUGGCCAACAAGCAGGACUUGCCACAAGCGGUGGAUCUCGUAGCUUUGAAAACUGGAGUGUUUAUUGAAGUUGUCAGUAGUCUCGAGGCCACAGACCUGAAGUUAUUGCCAGUUUCGGUCCUUGAGAACCAGGGACUACGGGAGAGUUUGGAAUGGCUAGUGACUAGGCUCAUGUAUAACAAGGGCAAUCGACCCCCAGAGUACCGGUAA